AUGUUGACAAUCUUUUUGCCACUGAUUAUCAAACUUAAAAUUAAAUUUUUUACACCGUGUUUUGCAUCGACUUGCACGCCACACAGCGGAAUAUCUCAAGAAUUAAAAAUAUUCUAUAUUCAAUUUCAGGAGUCCGAUAAUCUAUGGUGGGACGCGUUCGCGACAGAGUUCUUCGAGGACGACGCGACGCUCACGCUCACUUUUUGCUUAGAAGAUGGUCCUAAGAGAUAUACGAUAGGAAGGACGCUGAUACCCCGGUACUUCCGGAGCAUAUACGAAGGCGGGGUGUCAGAGUUGUACUACACGAUGCGUCAACCAAAAGAAUCCUUCCACAACACUAGCAUCACAUUGGAUUGUGACCAUUGCACCAUGGUGACGCAUCACGGCAAGCCCAUGUUCACUAAGGUGUGCACAGAAGGAAGGUUAAUCCUGGAAUUCACAUUCGAUGAUCUCAUGCGGAUCAAAUCGUGGCACAUGGCAGUAAGGACGCAUCGGGAGCUCAUACCUCGACAGGCGGUCCACCCGCCUGACCACGCGGCUCUGGACCAGCUAUCUAAGAACAUCACACGGCAGGGCAUCACUAAUUCUACACUUAAUUAUUUGCGGUUAUGCGUGAUUUUAGAGCCAAUGCAAGAGCUAAUGUCGCGGCAUAAGGCGUACGCGCUGUCUCCUCGCGACUGCCUCAAAACAACGCUAUUCCAGAAGUGGCAGCGAAUGGUCGCACCUCCCGAGUCGCAACGCCCAGCAAGUAAGCGCCGCAAGCGCAAAGGCAGCGCAGGCGCCAACGCCGCGCCCCCAGCGCCGGCCAAAAAGAGAUCGCCCGGACCCAACUUCAGCCUCGCCAGCCAGGACGUAAUGGUAGUGGGCGAGCCAUCUCUAAUGGGUGGCGAGUUUGGCGACGAGGACGAACGUCUGAUCACCCGUCUAGAGAACACCCAAUAUGAGGGCGACGCCGGUGAUUGGCCAGCGCCACCCCCCGCCUCACCCGCCAAAACACCGCCCGCCACGCACUGAUCUACGACCAACUUGUGCUGUCCUGGUACACGAUGACAUGAAAUUAUCGAAACAAAAUGAGAUACAUCAUCGAUUUAUUGCCGCACUAUCGAAAAUUUAGAUACGCGCUAUCCAAAUGGCGCGAGGGAAUCUAUCGAGAUAAAUAAAUACGAUUGUCUUGGCAACUUAUGCUCUCCUGGUACAGGAACCACAAUUGAACAAUAUGAAAAUGAUACCUACUCGUAUACUCGCCUGGUACAAUUACUAUAAUGGAAUUUACCGUUUACUCGUACUAUUUCUGAACAAUUACAAUGAAACCCGGAGAGAAACAAUAAUAUGCCUUUUAACCAAUGCAUUUUGCCAACACGGAUGCAAAUUGAAAGAUAAAACAAAUAAGUCGAUAGUGAUGGGACUUGUCGAUAGUGCAAUGUCGAUGAUUUUCAUUAGUGAUCAACAAUUUCAAUAAGUGCGAUUGUGGUGUUUCUCAGACUUUUAUAGUGCUGCGACGUCUUUAUCGAUUAUCGAUAUCGCUCGGGUAUUUUUAGUGUAAAAAAAUUAUAUAUAAUGUCACCAUUCUUUAUAUUAUUUGUCUAUUUUUCUGUUCUAUAUAAAUGUGUUUCUAAGUACCAGGCAGUUAGGAAAUAUUAAGAGAUUUUGUAUAUAAAGAUAAUACUAAAUUACACUCGUCUUAAGAUCUAUUUUUGACCAACUUAUGAUGCCGUGGUAACCGUUGACAAUUUAUCGAUAAAAUUAUCGACAAAAUUGAUGUCUAUAGCAGUGCAACUAUUGCCGGAAUAGGGACGUUUCGAUGAUGAUAAUAUGGUAUUUUACAAAACAAUAAUAGUGCUGUGACGUUGUAGUAUCGAUUAUCAAUGUAUCAAAUUUUAUUGGAAUUGAAAUGUCAUCACAAGUAUAAUAAAACUUUUUUUAUGUAAAUGAAAUGGGAAACGAGUUAUAGCUGCUGCUUUCACAACAGUUACGAGAUUAGUACGUGUUGUUAGAUUAGUACGUGUUGUUGGCAGUAUUAUCAAUCGUCGCCACUGCAACCAAAUUUAGAGUUGAGCAACGCGGCCAUAGUGUCGAUGCCGUUAUGGUAGACGGGCAGCGUUAAAACACUAUAAAAGAUCAUUCGAACGCAGCGUCGCAGACGCCGUGUCUAUAGCGUAUAUUUCCAUAGAUUAUAAUGCUCCGUUCCGCAAAUGUUUGGGCUCGACGCCCACUGACCGAAAUGCAUGGCAGAGGAUUAUUUAGAUGACGAAUAGUAAUGUACCUUAACGUUAUAAUCUUAUAGUUGAAAUUUCAAUGAUAAUGGUCGUAGCUACAAAAACAAGGCGCCAGUAACUUUGGGGAUACCGUGCCGGCAGCCUCCAGAGAGAUGUUUCGGCAGCCCUCCAAAGGUCACUAAAAUCUUCUUCUAGGAAUAUAAUUUUCAUUUUAUUCUUAGCAAGAACUGCUAUGAGCAGUACUAACAUUUAAUCUACCAUUUUUAAAAAUCAAUUAGUAAUAAACCAGGAACGUUGCGACUGAUUGAAAAGACGAUAGGCUCGAGCACGAUAUCAUGACAGUAUGCUUAAGGAUACCGUGACAUAAUUGUCGUCAGUGUGCCGAAGAAUCCCAUGCCAAGCCGUCCACCCAAUGGGUGCCAGGCCUUAGUGCACAGUAAACGACGCAAGAUUGAUUUUUUUUAGUGAAAUGUAUCUAUUAAUAUUGACUAUCAAUUUUGCAUAAAAUGUUUUUGUUUUAUAAUUGAAGAAAAGUAAAUUAAAAUUUGUACAGGGUCAAGCCACGUCAAGCUAGACACUUAUGAUUUAAUUUCAACACUUGCGAUAAGGACGGUCGAAAGUUUAGUGGCAAGCUUGAAGAGCUCUAGACUGUACCAUAUGGAAUUGAAUAGGUACGACAUUAUUAUAAAUAAAGCACUUUUUUAUUUGUAAAUAAAUGAGAUUACUGUAGGAAACAUUGACGUUGAAAUUUUCGGUUAUUUAUGUAAACAAUUAAAUAAUUUAAAAAACAAAUGCAGUUGUAAAUUUUGUUAUAUUACAACAGUAAUUAUAGCAGCUUAGUUAAUAGUAUUCUGAAUAUAAUUUUGACACAAUGGAUAGUGGACAUACUAUUUAUUCAUAGUAUUUGUUUGUUUGUAUUGUCUAUUGAAAAAUAAAAACAAUUUGAUAGACUAUGUGAAAAGUUAAUUAAAUUUAUUUUUGUUAAUUUUAUUAUUCAGCAGUAUCGUAUUCGAUUCAUCGAUAUAUUUUAUCGAUACAGUCGCAGCACUAGCACGGCGAUUACGUUUUGUAAGAUGCCCUGUGUAAUAUUGUAAAAAUUUUGUACAAUGCUAAUCUGUGAACUAUUGCAAAUUUUGCGGUAUCUCAACAUAUUUUAGCGGUACUCCUAAAGAUAACCAAUUUUGAAAUUUUAGAAAUUUUCGAACGUAUUUUUAAAAUGACAACGACAACUUUUAAAAUGAUCACGUUUUCGUAAAUUUUAGAAAUAUCGAAUAUAGUUCUCAAUUUUUUGGAAUUACAUUCGAUUGAUAUUUAUUUUCGAUGCAUCGAUUUUGUUUUCUGUGCAUCGAAACUGAAUAAGGGCGGCUUCAAAUCUGAUGCUUAUAGAAGCAUUACAGUGGCA